AAUAUCUCGCUCCGUUCGCGUACAUUCGUCAACAAGACAUUGCGCAGUGGACGCGAGCUUGCAGGCCACCAGCCACUCUUGCACGAGUAGCAAAGCGAAGGCGCCUGUGUUGUUAUUGUCUCCCGCCGUGUCCUUACGAUGCUCCGGUGUAGACAGCACUGCCACAGCCAUCGCGUGCGUCACAAUAAGACCGUCAAGUUGUUCGGGGCUGUCCCUCGUUAUCAGAAUAGCUUUGCGACCUUUUGGGAUCCCGCUCUUGAGAAUCAGAUCUGAGUAUUUUACAAGCGAGAGAAAUGAAGUUUCGGUUCUGUGGAGGCCUGGAGCCGCCCGACUGGCUGCUGGCCGACCUGCCGCUACUGUCGGGCGAGCACACAAAAGUGACAACCAAUGAUCUGGUUGUUAUGUGCGAAGCAAUUGGUGUCGAUAUCGUGGUGCAGGUGCGUGGAGCAACUAAGAUAUUGCUUGCAAGAUGCCGAAGGGUGGAUCAAAGGGCUUAGUGCUGGAUUUAUACCAACAGGAGCUGAGUCAGGCGCAGCAGUUGUUUGAGGAUGCUACGGACGCCAAGGUCUGCGAGUUUUGAUCAUUCUAAGCUGAGUAAGAUUGGAUUUUGAUGUUUGGAGCUACAUUGCAGGCUGCAGUUGCUGUGUUGCGCUUCAUCUUGAUGCAUGCUUCCAAGUACGAUGUCGAGCGCUCAGAUCUAGUAGAGGAACUGCAGCAGUUGGGCAUGCAACAGGAGACUGCGGAAGCCAUAGCGCAGAGCUACGAGGACCAUCGCGCUCGCAUCCAAGACCAGCAACGCGCCCAGCGCUUUCAGUUCCCCGGCGUCGAAAAACUCGAGUGGAAAGUGGACACCCCGUCCAAAGUGAUCCUGAACUUGAAGCUGGACCAGCCGGUCGUGGAAUGCAAUGUAGCGACAACUGCUGCAUCCGAAAGUCGAGAGCUCUGCCUCAACAUGAGCAAGAACAAGUUUCUGGCGCUGUAUGAGGAGCUCAGCCAAGCGCAGUCGCUACUGCAUAGUGUCUAGCUAGUCACGGCAAGUUCCGCCCGUUUAUCGGUUCAACUUCAGUGCGUCAUCAUGUCCAAAAAUACGGAUGUCGCAAACAACUCUGUGUCCGGAUUCUGUCGCAUUACACACUUAUCCUCUCUUUCAGUCACGUAAGAAUCCAGGUCAAAAGGAGACACUUGACUCCGGACAAUGCUCCUUUCUCUGCGACUGUCUUCAAACCCAGAAACCCCAUACAAAAGCUCCCCGG